CCCGUGACGCAGCGCAGAUAGUGACGACAUCGCUCUUCGCCAUUUUGGUAAUUGGCUGCGUACUCUACAAACUCUUCUUCCUCAUCUAUUCCGAACUCUGACAGUUCACCAUGUUCACUGGUGGUCAUUGUUAUCAUCAUCAUGGAGACAUCCAAAUGCUGAGAUGUUGAUCAAGUGUUCAGAAUCAGUCGUUAACUUAAACAACAAGAUCUACUGGCAUGACUGGAUCUAAUAAUCGAGUUCUGAAUUGGACAUCGUUCGUCAAGUUCACGAAUCACGUCAGGUUGUUGGCCUACGACUGGGCCUGGGAAGAAUGAUCAGAUAAUACUACAGCUGCAGGUUAUGAUGCAGAAUUUGUGUGGGUAGACCUAUUGAAUGAGAAUGGAAAUGGAAAAGAAAGAUAGAAGUUCCGUCACCGAAGAAGAAUUUUUGAGAUUGGCCCAGCUCAUUCCACCGAGGUACUAUUCAGAUUUAGGGAUACAUUUGGGAAUCUCAUCUGCUGAACUUGAUCAUAUCAUUGUCCAACAUUCAUCGAAUUACAAGGAUGCAUUGAUGACAAUGUUCACACGGUGGAGAGAUGAACAACAUCCAGAUGAAGACAUCAGAGCUCUUCUUGCAGAAGGAUUAGAAAAGAGUGACUUAGGGGGAUUGUCCAAAGAACUUCUAGCUGGGAAUCUAAUCCAGAAAACAACAGAUGUCAGACAAACAACUGCAACAACUUCAAGAGCAUCAACUUCAACAGGAGCAGUAGACAUGUCAGCAUUACCACAUACCAUCAGUGAGAGAGAAUUUUUGAUGUUGUCAACAGAGAUCGGCCCAAGUUACUACAAGAAAGUUGGCAUUAACCUGAAUAUCUCCAUUGUAACCCUUGAUAACAUCAAGGAGCGUACCCGAGAUAACUGCGAUGCAAUUAUGACAGUAUUCACAAGAUGGAGGGAUAAACAGCUUCCAGACACAAACAUCAGGGCUCAUCUUGCAGAGGCUUUACAAAAGAGUGGUCUAGUGUCACUGUCUCAGAAACUGAUUACUGGAAAUCUAUUAACAAAGUCAACAGGUGCACCUGCGACAAUUCCAGUAUCAGAGACCAAACCACUUACCCCUGACCUGAUUAAGAGAUGUAAAGAUGAGCUCCAAGACAAGUACAGGACUGAUUUCUGUAUGAUAAGAGCUGAUCCACUAGAUCCUGAUUCUAUUGUGCCAUUCAAAGAUAUGUACACAAGCCUUUUCUUGGAAGAAGAAAAACGAAGUAAAAGGAGUCAACUUGAGUACAAGGAUCUCUUUAAUCUCAGAAUCAAUGGAGUGUUCCCCAAACGGAUCAUGAUCCAAGGAGAGGCAGGGGCUGGAAAGACCACAUUCUUGGCUAAGAUUGCAUGGGACUGGAUAAACGAUAGUCCAGAUCUGUCAAAGUUUGUGUGGGUACUCAUUAUCCCUCUGCGUGAAGCCAAGCGAUACACAAUUGGUCAGAUUGUUAAGUCUUAUCUCUCAAAGGACAACCCAGCAACAGCCUGUCAGAUCACCGAGUACAUCCGUUCAAAUCCAGAUAAGGUAUUCAUUGCCUGUGAUGGAUUAGAUGAGUUUAGUGGCAAGGUUGUACAGCACUCUGAAACCAAGCAAGGUUCAGAAGGUGCUCAGUCAGAGUUCAAAGUUGGAUCAGAAACAAGUCCAGCAAGUAUAUCUAUGCACACAAGAACUAACACUGAACUAAAUGUUCGUUCUUUGGAGAGAGGUGAUAUCACAGUUGAAGAUAUUCUUCGCUCAGAUGAACUUCGUACUUGCCCUGUGAUGGUGACAAGCCGUCCAUGGAAGGCCAGAGAAAUAAGAGAGAGCAGUAGUUUAAGAAAUCAAUACACAUUCAUCCAUGUCGAAGGCUUUAGCAGAGAGAAUGCAAAGGUUUACAUUUGCAAUUACUUCAAAGACACUGAGGCUACAGCAGAUGAAUUCAUCCAAUUGUUUGAAAGCAAUGAUAUCAUAUCAGAGAAUAUGGCACCAUAUCCUAUCUACAUUUCUAUGCUCUGUCACAUGUGGAGAGAACUUGAUGACAACAAGAAAGAAGAGUUGAAGGCUUUUCAAACAUUCUCUGAAAUAUUCUGUGAAGUGUUUGAAUUCCUAAAGGUGUGUUAUGUCCAGAAAGAGAUCCAAGAUCUAAGGAGUCCAUCAUUUAAUACCCAUCGCUCUAAAAUUGAAAAACUCUUGGAACCAGUUGCCAAAUUGGCAUUUACUGGACUGCUAUCGAACAACCUUAUUUUCAAUGAAGAAGAUCUUGAACAGUACUCAGACUCUGUGAAAACAGCAUGCAAAGUAGGGGUGUUGUCACAGGAGAAUAAGCUCUCAUCCAUUCAUGAUAAGAGCAGACCGUUCCUGCAGUCAACAUUCUUCUUUCCUCAUAAACUAUUCCAGGAGUACAUGGCUGCAGUCUAUCUUGCUUCUCUCUAUGAUUCAGAUCGCAAUGAAUUUAAGAGGCUGAUUGAGGAAGUAGUGAUCCCUAGGAAGAAAGAGUUUAGGUAUCUCCUGUACUUCACUGUGUCACAGGACAAAAUGAUUGCCAAGUAUAUCACAAAAUGUCUGUUACAACAGUACACCCAAAGCCAAGAUUGGAAGGAGAUGAAUUUCUUGGUUGAUGUAGCUUUUGAGAGUCAGGAUGAAGAUACCAAUGCCAUGCUUCGGAAUUCAGUAUCAUCUCUGUCCAUUGAUGUUAAAGACACACACACUAUAGCUGGUUAUGCAUCCACUGAGAUAUAUUCAAAGGCGAUCAAUAUGAGUGUUGGUUUUAUUGGAUAUCCUUGCUGCGGACCAGGUAUAUCAAAAGAGGUUGCAGUGAUGAUAUGCUCAGCACCGUCACUAAGCGAUGUUAAACUGGAGGCAAGGUUUCACCCUACCUUCUAUGAAACUCUUGCCAGAGAAGGAAGGAAAGCCGCAGUCCAUACUCUUCAGAUUUGGAAUAAUAAGCCUCUAUCAUCAGCCUCUUCACAUCACCUAGUAGGAGCUUUAUGCUCCCUACCUAACCUGACUAACCUGACACUGAGAGGAGUUUGUGACCAGGAGGAGUUCUGUUCUCAUCUGAAUGAGAAGGCUUCAACCUUGAAGGUCCAUACUCUUCAGAUUUGGAGUAAUAAGCCUCUAUCAUCAGCCUCUUCACAUCACCUAGUAGAAGCUGUAUGCUCCCUACCUAACCUGACUAACCUGACACUGGAUGGAGUUUGUGACCAGGAGGAGUUCUGUUCUCAUCUGAAUGAGAAGGCUUCAACCUUGAAGGGUUCAUUCCCUCAGAUCAGCAAAGGAAAUUUCAUAUUCAAUGAAGAGCCUCAGAAGGAUCUUCAAUCAUUCCUACAAGCAGUCAGUGACGAGUUAGAUUUUUUCAGCCAACAGUUCCUCUGUUUGGACUUUCUUUCUUAACAUGAGUACUCUGCUGCUGGCGCCUCUUCCUCAGACAAAUAUUUUGAUGAACGAGAUUCCUUUGCCAUGGACUGUGUCAUGUACAAUGUU